AUGUCCCGCUCCCGUAACUCAUUCUUCAGCAACUCUUCAGGAACAAAUGAUCAAGAUCAUCCUCUUCUAUCAAGCGUAUAUGAUCCGCAUAAUGAUGUUCGUCUGCGAGACCUCUCUUCCCCUUCAGCAUCGAGAGCUACACCAAGUCCACCGCCAGAAUUCUAUAGGGAUAUGAGGUCACCUACUAGUGCGAGUGCGAGAACACUUUCUCCGAGACCAAUCUCGGAAUCUGGAUCUGCGAGUAAAUUGAAAGGGAAUGGGAAGGCGAAGGGAAGGAGAAUACAAUUUGCUGCUCCUCCGCCGCCGAUUGUAGGGAGUGUUGCUGGGUUGGGCAAUAUUGGAAGGAGCUUAGAUGGAAGCGGAAGUUCUCAUUUGAGAGGGAGCGUGGUUCGGGAAGGAAGAGGAGUUGGAAUAUUGAAAAGUGUGGGGAGUGCUGUGGGAAGCUCGGCACAAAAUGACAGUCUUUUGGGGCUGGAAAGGAGAGAACGAGCUUUGCAGGCGGAAUUACAAAUGUUGCUAGAUGCGCAGAGUGAGGGUUUGAUGCAAGGAUUCGGUGGAGGUGGUAAUAGAGAAGAGCACAGUGGAAGUAGCACGCCCACGACAAGGUCAUUACAACGGGAUAGAGAUAGGCAGGGAGGUAGAAGUACAGAAGGAGCUCAUGUGCGUACAAUUCCUGUUCGACAACCAAAACGAAAAUCGAUCGGACUAAGAGGAUCCAGAAAAGGAUUGUUAAGGAACAUGGGUCUGUUGGCAGAUGUUAAAGUUGAGGAAGAUGAAUUGUUGACAGAAGAAAUCAAGAGGAGAGAAAUGUGUAUUGCAAAGACAAAAGAUUGGAAAAUCAGAAUCGACGAGGUUAAGAGAGAAAUUGGCGAAUUCGUCUCAGCAGACAUAACAAAUAAUAGAGUCUCUUCACCGAAUGAAGAAAGUCAUCAAUCUCCUCAUGCAAGCAAAUCCGAAGAAGAUCGAGAGAUAGCCGAACUACGGACUGAAGAGCGGGCUGUCGAAAACGAAAUCCGAGAGACGGAAGAUAGGUUGUUACAAAUGAAAGCCAGACGGAGCUGGCUGGCAGACCGGAUUAAUGAGAGAGUUAAUCAGAGGGAAUCGCGAUUGUCUAGCUAUCGUGGUGCUUUGAGGGAAGUGGAAUCAGAAGUCCAAAUAUUCUUGACGAGACCCGACGGCUAUGAAAUGGCAGAGGAAUGGUGGAGUAAAGAGAUCAAUUCUUUGCAAGCCCGAAAACUAGAGGUGCAAAAGGAAAAAGAAGCACUAGAAGAUGGAGCAAAGCUCUGGGAAGAAUCUGUCAAGACAAUUGUGAACUUUGAGGAUGAAUUGAGAGAGAAUAUGAAGAGUAGCAAAGUGGGUGAUAUCGAGGGAUUCAAGAUGCAAAUUGAUAGCGGAGAGCAAAGGCUGGAAUCUGUUGGUGGUGGCUGUGGGUGCGGAGUUGCAGGCUUUCAUACAGGGAGAGGAGAUUCUGAGAGACGCGUUGGGGAAGUUCGGGUGGGGGGGGUUCUUGGUGAUGAUCUUGCUAUUGAGAAGAAGAUAAUGGAGAAAGAUCAUGAUGAGAGAAGUAUCGAUACAGAUAUGGAAGUGAGAACUACGCACUCGGGAGAUGGAGAAUCGGCGACUGAUGAUGAUGGGUUGAGAGAAUUGGAGGCGGAAUUUGCGAGGCAGGAGAGAAGGGAGGGAGGGAUGUUGGGAGAGGGGAGAAUCGGUGGGAUAGAGUGGUAG